UUACUUUUUAUAACUGAGAAGAUACCAAUGACUACUCCUGUAUUCACUCAAGCCAAUGAUGCUGACCUGUCCAAACUGUCAAUCCAAAUAGUUCUUCCAUUUGACAAAGAAACAGAAAGUUUGCCAAAUCCUAAUCAAGAAACAGCUCGCUUGAGAAAGGUUGAAGGAGGCAUUGUUGCAAUAAUGAAGUUUAGCGGAAAACCCACAGAGGAUAUUGUUCGUGAAAAGGAGAAAACCCUGCGUGCCAAUAUUAUUAAAGAUGGUCUUAAACCUCAGCCUGGUUGUUUGCUUGCACGGUACAAUGAUCCAGGUCGAACAUGGACCUUUAUAAUGAGGAAUGAAAUGCUCAUAUGGCUCGAUGACUUCUCGUUGGAUUAGCAUCAAUGCAGUAACCGUACCUAGCUGCGUUUUAUCAUCACUGCACAUAGCAAAUUUUCUAUCAUAUCUUUUGGCUGAGUAUAUGAAAGAUAUGAUUAGAAAUUCUCUUAUCAAGGAGGGAUGUUUGGAACCAAAAUGGCAAAUAUACUACGCAUUGAAAGUAGAAAGUUAUAUAGGGGAGGAUUAAGGUACUUGUUUAUUAGCUGCUAUUCAUUAAAUUGUAAAAGAACAGAGAGCAAUAAUAUAUUUAUUCUUUAUACACCUGUUAUUUAUGUAUGGCAUAAUUUAACAAAAGAAAAGGUACUGCGUUAUGAUUA